AUGUGCGGCCCUCGCCGGCUGCCGUCGCUCCGCCCCGCGAGUAGCGCAUGCGCAACGCGGCUCGCGCUCGCGCUCGUGCGCUUAAUCCCACAACGCCUCCGGCGAGAAGGGCGCACUCACGUGACCCGGAGCGGCGGCGGGCGGAAGACGGGCAUGCAGCGCGCGGCCUGGAGGCAGCACGUGCAGCAGGCGCUGGAACGACUCCCGGGCACGGGCGGGCGGCUGAACGGCCGGCGGGGGCGCGCCUCGACCUCCCCCGACGCCCCUGACCGCCGCCUCUGCUCUGCCCCCCCCCGCCCAGAUGAGACGCUGCAGGACCGCCUGGAGACACUGCUGGGCGGCGCCGGCGCCGGAGCCGAGCACCUGCUGGCGGCGGUGGAGCUGCGCCGAGAGCGGGAGGAGCUGCGCCAGCAACUCGCAGUGGCCACCCAGAGCCUGGAGCGGGCCGAAGCGGAGACCCGGGAGCAGCGGGCCAGGGCGCAGCGCCUGGCCCGGGACCUGGGGGCUCUUCGGCACCAGCACCAGGAGCUGCAGGGCCGGGCCUGGGCGCUCUCCCGGGAGGCGGAGGAGCUGCGCGCGGAGCUGCACCGGGCGCGGCAGGAGCGGCUGGAGCUGGAGGCGCGCUGGGUGCGCGAGAAGGCGCGGGAGGCACAGCGGCUGAACUGCGCCAACGAACAGCGGGAGAAGUAUCAGCGGAAGGUGAGCCGCCUCCUGGAGAAGCUGGAGAGGGCCAGAGGAGCGCCUGUGCUCAUUCCCAGGACAGGCCUCAGAAUGGCUGUCAGCGAUGCCAACCGCAGUGCGUCUUGGGAGGAAGCUGAAACGGCUGCAGCCAUUGGGCAGGUGGAGGCCGUCCCCCCAAGCACUUCUUCCCCUGUGGGAUGGGACAGAACUCACCCCAGCAGCACAGGUGCGGAAGUGUGGAACAGCUUGGCGGGUGCUGCAGACUCCUGAACUGGAAAAGGGCGGGGCACAAAGGGAGCCUGGCGCAGGGGUGGGGGGCAACAAGCAGGGUAUCCCUUUUAUGCGGGGGUGGGGGGUCACGAAUAAAAGCUUGUGAAGCAGCAAGACACAA